CCUCAAAAGAUCUGUUCUCUGCAUAUUCAUUAGGAAGACUCCCAAAAGAAAGGAGAAUUAAAGUAUUUAACAACCCUUGUCGAACUACAGUGGCUAUAAUAUAAAGUCUACACACCCUGUUCAAAUGUCAGGUUUUUGUAUUUAAAAAAAAGAGUAAUAUAAAUGGAAAUAAUUUGAAACUUUUUCCAAAGCUAUAACCUGUACAACUCAACUGAAAAAAGCAAACAACUAAAAAUGGCAGACAUCUUUUUGAGAGGGUCCGCAAAAGUAAAAAACUGAGGUAAUGUGCUUGCACAAGUCUCCCCACCCUUUUUUAACUGGAAAACGUGGCUGUGUUCAGAACCGACCAAUCACAUUUAAACUCCUGUUAAAUGGGAGUCGGCGCACACCUGCCGCCAUUUCAAGUGCCUCAGGUGAACCGCAGAUAAAGUUCAGUUGUUCUCAUAGAGAUGCUGGAUCUGUCUUAUUUUUUUCCUCACACAAAAACCUGGCAUUUGAACACUGGGGUUGAGACUUUUUAGAUGCACUGUAUUUUCCCCAUCACUAAGCUGCCAGUACAUGACACCGUCACGCUUCAGAAGGGUCUGCCUUCCCUCUCCCCGCCCAGUCCAUGCGGCGGCUCCCUUCUUCGUGUCUUUGCAUAGCAGAUGUGCACUUGACCGCAACCUCCUGCAGGAGCACGCUCUCGACGCAGCGCAGCUGUCCUGUCAACAUGCCGAGCUCUGACGAAGCUGCGCCGGCACCGUGUCAGCUUAUAAAAGCGAACGUUGGCAAGUGUGUCAUAGAGAAGGACGCAGCGGAGUGCAAAGACCUUGUAGACGCCUUUCAUGCCUGUGCAAAGACCCUGUCUGAAGGAUCGUGACAUUUUCCAGCCGGAAGUGCAUGGACUGAAUCAUCUCAAAAACCGGAGAAGAGGAGACAUGUCUGCACAAUUAACUUGUCAAUGCCGGCUGUGUUUUGUGAAUGUUGGCAAUGGAGUCUUUGUGUGGGCCUAUUUUUUAUAAUAAACUCAAAUAAUUGAAUUAAACUCCAGCCUCUAUUAUUGUUUUUUGUUCACUGAGUCUGUCCGGAUCAGACUUGGUUGAGUGUCAAAACACGCAAAAAGCAGUGUAACUUGGCGUUUUUACAUUGAAAGAGUAAUAUUUUCCCUUUUGAAGACACUGAAAAUUGCUUGUGUGAAUUUCCCCCCUUUUAUGUUCACUGUAUGCACUGGAUGUAUGUACUAAUAAUAAUAAUAAUUUAUUAUUUUUGCAUUGUCACUCUUCAGCAGAUGUGCCCCCCCUCGGCAUCGUCAUCUCCCACCGGCUUGUCGGGGCUGUUUCUGGCCUGGAUGCCGGAGGAGGAGGAAGAGGAACGGGAGGAGGGCGGGGCGGCGGAGCUGGACUCGAGGAUGGAGAAGGACCCGGAUGCUGAUGCGACUGAUGCGAAACAAGAGAGGGAGAAGAAAAAAGAUCGGUUUACGGCAAGAAAAGCGAAGGCAGUGUAAUACAACGGGGCCUAUUAACCCUGCGCCAACUAUCACCGACAGCUAAGGAGGCACCCCUGGGGAGGUAGCGCUAAACAGGGGAUAGACUGUGUCGCUUUUUUUUUUUUUUUUUUUGCACCUGCUUCGGAGAAGAUGCUGCUGUGAUAUCGGCUGCCUCCUCGCAGGGAUGUAGAGCCGAGCGCUGGCCGAAGGGAGGACAGGACAGGACAGGCGGGGGAAGGACUUCGACCGACGCCGGCUACGCGCAGCAUCCAUCCACCUGUCGAGAGAAUGAGGCGCCCGUCGGAGCAGUGUACCAAGCGUUUCUCGGUGGCCGACGAGUCGAGGCGGCGCGGCUUAUUUUGACAGGACCCGCCGCUGGGUCAAGGCGCCGAAGCUAAAGCUACAAGCUAGCCUCGCUGCUGUGUGGGAGAGCGGCGGCGAGGCUACGUUUAGCAUGUCGCUGCACCCCUGAGGCCCGACAGCGAGAGAAAUAACAUUUAGAUUCACUCCGCACCUUUCUCUGUAUUUCUUUUCCCUCAGACUCGUCUUUGAAUAGCCGUCAUGUCGCUCUCGUCAAAUAUGUGACAAGAUGUUAUGCAAAUACGCUUGAAUUGAUUAGUUUGCCAUGUUUAUUGCUUUUCUUCAGCACGAAUGACCUGUUUCGUAAAUUCUCCCCAAAAAUAACAAAAAGGAAUCACUAAUUAGUCAGGUUUAAAUGGAGGCUUUGACUGACUACCCUCCCCGUGUGUUGUGUGUCUUCAAGUGUGAGUGCUGUGUAUGCCACAAUAACACCCGCAUAAGCUGUAGAAUAGUACAGUAAUUGCAAUAAUCGCCGCACUUUUAGUCCAGUGUUCCUCAAGUAACAGCAGUAUGAGUAAGGAACUGUCUUUGAGUCAGUCCGCUCAGUAUGUCGGACCCUUUCGGCUGGAAAAAACACUGGGAAAGGGACAGACGGGACUGGUCAAGCUUGGGGUCCACUGCAUCACCGGUCAGAAGGUUGCCAUCAAAAUCGUCAAUAGGGAGAAGCUGUCUGAGUCGGUGUUAAUGAAGGUCGAGAGGGAGAUCGCCAUCCUGAAACUCAUCGAGCAUCCGCAUGUGUUGAAGCUGCACGAUGUAUACGAGAACAACAAGUACCUAUACCUGGUAUUGGAGCACGUGUCAGGAGGAGAGCUCUUCGACUACCUGGUAAAGAAAGGCCGUUUGACUCCCAAAGAAGCCAGGAAGUUCUUCAGGCAGAUCAUUUCCGCAUUGGAUUUCUGCCACAGUCACUCCAUCUGCCACAGGGACUUGAAGCCGGAGAACCUGCUGCUGGAUGAGAAGAACAACAUCCGUAUCGCUGACUUUGGUAUGGCAUCACUCCAGGUGGGUGACAGCCUGUUAGAGACCAGCUGCGGAUCACCGCAUUAUGCGUGCCCUGAGGUCAUACGGGGGGAGAAGUAUGAUGGAAGGAGAGCAGACGUGUGGAGCUGUGGGGUCAUUCUUUUUGCUCUGCUCGUGGGCGCCCUGCCGUUCGACCAUGACAAUUUACGCCAGCUCCUGGAAAAAGUGAAGAGUGGCGUGUUUCACAUGCCGCACUUCAUCCCCCCGGACUGCCAGUCCCUGCUGAAGGGCAUGAUUGAGGUCAACCCCGAAAAGCGUCUCACGCUGGAGACCAUUCAGAAACAUGCCUGGUAUUUGGGUGGGCGCAACGAGCCUUGUCCUGAGCAGCCCCCUCCUAGAAGAGUGUGCGUGAGGCGAAUCUUAUCCCUGACUGAGCUGGACCCGGAUGUGUUGGACAGCAUGCACUCACUAGGCUGUUUCAGAGACCGCGUCAAGCUCACGCGAGAUUUGCAAUGUGAAGAGGAAAACCAGGAAAAGAUGAUUUAUUACCUGCUGUUGGACAGGAAAGAGCGGUACCCCAGCUACGAGGACGAGGACUUGCCUCAGCGCAAUGAUGCCGAUCCUCCCCGGAAGCGCGUGGACUCACCCAUGCUGACGCGUCACGGUCGCUGCCGUCCCGAGAGGAAGAGCCUGGAGGUGCUGAGCGUGACGGAACAGGGCUCUCCCACGCCUCCUCGCCGGGCUCUGGAUGCCGCACACAGCCAGAGGUCUCGCUCGGUGAGCGGAGCUUCCACCGGUCUCUCCUCCAGCCCUCUCAGUAGUCCCAGGUCCUAUCAAAGUCCCAUUUUCACUUUCAGCCAAUCAGACGUCACCUCCGCCGCCGCCGCGUCCCCCCAAACAAAGGAGCCCAAACAGGGAUGCGCCACGACACCUCGCCCAGGGCGGGCUCACGACAGGCCCAAAGCUCCCCCCCAUCCAAAGACCCAGACCCUGCCCACCAAGGGACCCGCCGAACGGCUUCACCUCCAGCCCGUCAAAUCCCUGCCUCUGCACAACCCAUCCUCCCGCUCGCCCUCUCCCUCGCCCCUGCUCUCGCCCGUUCCCCGUUUCUUCUUCCCGUCGUCCUCUGUCCUAAAGUCCGUGACCAAGAGCCUGUACCCAAACUCUGCCCGCUCUGUGCCGCAGGUCACUCCCCAGGGCUCUCCGUUGCCCACGCCCUUGGGCACCCCUGUCCACCACCCUCAGCACCCCUCCUCCACCCCACCCUCCUCCUCCUCGUCCUCCUCCUCCUCGCGGGCCGAGGGAGGGGGCGGGGUGGGCUCCCUGUCGCUCACCCCGCCCUCCAGCCCCGGAGGGGGAAGCGGCAUGGCGGCCAGCAGCUCCGCCCACUGGAGGACUCGCCUCAAUUCUUUCAAGAACAACCUACUGGGCUCACCUCGGUUCCAUCGGCGCAAACUGCAAGUGCCCACGUCGGAGGACAUGUCCAGUUUAACACCAGAAUCCAGCCCUGAGCUGGCCAAGAAGUCGUGGUUUGGGAACUUCAUCGGCCUGGAGAAAGAGGAGCAGAUCUUUGUGGUGAUCAGAGACAAACCUCUGAGCUCCGUCAAAGCCGACAUCGUCCACGCCUUCCUGUCUAUCCCGUCGCUCAGUCACAGCGUCAUCUCGCAGACAAGCUUCAGGGCCGAAUACAAGUCCUCCGGCGGCCCUUCCGUCUUCCAGAAGCCCGUCAAGUUUCAGGUGGAUAUUGCCUUCUCCGAGGGCGAGAAGGAGCGGGACAGGGAGAGGGCCGAGAGGGACGGCAGGAGGGAGACGGGAAUCUACAGCGUGACCUUCACCCUCAUGUCAGGUCCGAGUCGCAGGUUCAGACGAGUGGUGGAAACGAUUCAAGCCCAGCUUCUCAGCUCCCAUGAUCAACCCCUGGUGCAAGCCCUAUCUGAUCCUUUCCCAGAUGAGAAGAACGGCCGACCCCACCGGACGCCCACCCGGCAAAAUUCCAGGCGCUCAGAGGGUGGGGGCGACAGGUGCGAGUGGGGCGAGCGAGCAGAUGGCGGCGGCCUCGGAGGCAGCGGGGGAGUUCUGCAGCGCAGAGGCUCGGCGAAGGAGAGAACCCGAAUUCUGUCCACCAACGGAACACAAUCGCAACCGUAGGUUCAAACGAGACUCCGUGCCACGGGAUGCCGCAGCGGCUUCCGCAUUCUUUGACUUCAUCUUUGAGCGUCCCCGCAAAACACAAGCUCCUCCCUCGACUAAGUCGGAGAUACUUUGAUCAUAGCAAGAAUUGAGCCUACCCCCAUCUUGCUUUUUAACUAUUGUCUGGAUCCUUCGGCCGACCCGGACUGCAACCCUUAAACGAGAGCGACGGAAUGGCCCUUUGGUGACAACAUAACACAUGAAUGAGUAGUUUGGUCUCCCGCCGUGGCUGCAGUUUCUCAAAAUCAAGAGUAGGAAUUUUGAAGUGCUAAUGUGCAUGCCGGUUAGCAAAUCAGCCUGCUCAAGGAUGCCGACGAAACCUGAUAGCUCGUCCUCCGUAAGCAUUGUACGACAAGAUCUGAUACCAAAAAGAAUUAGGCGUGCUGCGACGGCUCUCGAGCUUGGAUGGAAAAUGAACCGCUGCGUCUUUCACGUCACUCUCGGGUGAUGUGCGGACAACUCGUCGGCUCACGACAUCGUGUACGUCGGAGGCAGAUUAAACCUGAAGCAUCCUCCUCACUGAGUGGGAGCGAGCUGAGAAAAAAAAAAAAAAAAGGGGCCCUGAUCUUCUCAGGAAGGCAGCGUCCUACUCCGACUCAAAGAAAACCAACAAAGUAAGCUAUGUCAGUGAAUGUGAGAAAUUAUUUUUUUAUUUGGUCCGUAUUUAUUUUCCUUUGAGGACGUGCGGCGGUAGCAGCAAGGACAGCAUACGUGGCAGUGCUGGGGAGAGGAAGCUGCCUCCUCAGUGCAACAUUUUUUUCAUUUUUUCAUUUCUCUUCAGAGACAAGAUGAACUCAUGUCUUUGGACUCCCGUUACUCUGAGGGAAAUUAUUGUUUGAUUUCGACAGAAAUAGCAACAUUACUCGAUGAAAAGAGAGAAAGAAAGAGAGGAAAAAACCCGACAUGUGAAUAUGUCCAUGAACCUCAUCCCAGCUGUUUGUCCCACAUUGAAAGAGAAUGACAUUCCUGGCCUGCGACGCUUCAGACCGCAGCCUCCUUUACUUGUCAAACUCUCGCCAGAGUAUUCCGACAAGACGGACACACAAAACGCACACGUUCAUGGUUUCGCGGCUCUCUGUGUCAGAUUCCCGGUUGAGCUGGACUUUGGAAAGGGGAAGUAAGCAGAUCCUCUCAUCCUACCCCGCACACAGUCAUGUCGUAGUGUUACUCCAGUUCUCGAAUAGACUAGCUGAUGCGCAUCACCAGUCUUCCAUGCGGCACAAUAUGCAACAAAUGUGCAGGACAGUGCUCAUUUCUGCUUUUUUUUUUUUUUUUACCUAUUUAUUCAAGCACGCAGCCAUUUGUUCAUCUUUCACUUAUUUUCACGAUUGGUUGUCCGCAGAUUAACUUUUUCCAUCACGUGAACAGUCAAUGGCAAUACAGCGUGAGCUCAGUUUAUCUGAGGUUGAAUUCAUCAGGCUUGGCGCUGGUAUACGUGGGAGAGUGGUGCUUGAUGGCAGAGUAACUUGACAGAUACGCAACCCAACCACCAAACCAGAACAGGCAUUUUGCCCAUUCCCCCGCCACCCCACACGUGCCAAUUUACUCCAUCUUUUCAUUUCAUUCCCAGGUCACUCUGACCCGUUUGUCCGCCCCCUCACAUGUUGUGCGAGAAACCGUCGUUCGCUUCACUCUCUGCACUCGCUUUAUGGUUGCUCGCCGCCAUCCGAUUCAUCUUUCUCUUCUACACGCCACAUUCACUGUCAUUGACCCAACUGUGGCCAAGAUUGUAAACUAUCCUACAUCCAUCAAGGGUCAGUAGAAAAAGGUGUUCAAAAAAUGUCUGUAUCAUAAUUUAAAUAUGAAAAGUGCACUCUUAUAACUAUUGCCUGUGAUUUAAAAAAAAAACAAUUACAAUUGAAUUGAGGGUCAAAAAUAAAGAGAGAUCCACCUUCUUGUUAUGGUUACAAUAAUAAACCCUAAAUCUGUG